AUGAGAAGAAUCAUUGGGCCGAUCUGUUGUCUUUUGCUGUUUCUGUUCUGCUGCGCGUCGUCGGAAAAGUUGGGCACCCAUAAGAAGAAAAAAUUGGAGCAGGAAGCGAUGCAUGCGUUGAUGAAGAAGCUGGAAAAUCUGUAUAGACUCAGCGCGACGAAUAACAGCGAAGUUUUGAACAAAGAAAUUGAGUCGUUGAAAAAACAGAUUGACCAGUUGCACCAACAUGGUGGAGUAAUCGAAGGGGAAAAUCUAGGCCAUCUUCUAGAAAGCGAAGCAGCCAACGAGUCAACCAAGAAGACCAUUUUCGGCAUGGACGAAGAUGACCUGGAUAACUACGAUGUGGACUUUACAGGACAGGGCAAAGGAAAAAUUAAGGGGCAAGCAGAUACAGGCCAGGGCGCUCAGGAAACUACUGGCAACUUGGCGGCGCAAGCCGGGGGUGAAGCAUCUGAUAGGGGUGGCCAACAACAGCAACCAGCAAGACCCAGCGGGUCAGAUAGUCCAGGGGGCGUAGUAGAAGGAGGUUUGGUAAAUGUCAAUACACUUCAAAAUGUACCAGUUCAUGUGCAAUCCUCAAGAAAUGGGCCACAAACUACGGAUCCCCAGCCAGGGCCAGUAGCAAAUCCAUCAGAAGGGCAACGUGCAAAUGAAACCUCACAAGGAGUCGAAGGCGAACCAACGGUAGGACCAGCUGUAAUUCCGCAACCAACAUCGACAGUGACUACACCAGAACGCACCUCUAACUCAAACGAUGUCAAAAUUAAGUACAUGGAUAAGCUGUAUGAUGAUAUUCUAAGUACCUCUGGCAAAACCAACGAGAUCCACAUACCACUUUAUCACAGCAAAUACAACACGAUACGGAAGGAUUACGAACUUAGCAUGAAACCUGUAGAAUACCAAAUUGUGAAGAAUUUAUUUAAUGUCGGAUUUAAGAAAGAAGGGGAAUCUUCAGCUGCUAAUUCCCUGACGGAAGUUUUUAAAAAAGUCUUAGUAGAUGAAAAAUUUCAAGACGAAUUUAACAACUUUGUGCACGGGCUGUAUGGAUUUGCUAAGAGACACAACUAUUUAGGUAAUAAACGACUUGAGAACACGACAGUCGACUCCGAUCUGCUAAAGAACGCCUUCAGCUUGAUGAACACUCUUGAGGUGGCGUAA